GCGUGGCCUGGACUCUCUAGCCACCGGAAGGGGAAGGCUCGGCGGCUCUGGUUUGGUCUGUGGUGGUGGUGGCGGCAGAGGCGGCUGCUGUGCUGCUUCUCCGUUGUUCCCGUCCGGGCCUGUGGACGUCGAGGUCCUGCUUCCCUCUGCCCCACGGACGACCACGGGAGCUCCCGCGGCCUCUCCGAGCCUCGGGCCGGCCGUCAGAAGUCAGCCAUGUCCACAGAAUCAAACAAAAAGCGGAAACCCAAAGUGAUCCGAAGUGAUGGAGCCCCACCUGAGGGAAAGCGGAAUCGGAGCGAGCUAGACCUGGACAUGAAAUACUAUAGCGAGGAGGCUGAGGUGGACGUUCGAGACCCCAACAAGGACUAUGACCUCUACAGGUUCACCUGCCAUGAACUCCAGCGACUCAUGGCUGAAAUCCAGGAGCUCAAGAGCAGAGGCAGCAGAGACAGUGCUUCUGAAAUAGAAGAGAGGAGGCUCCAGAGUUGUGUUCACUUCAUGACCCUGAAGAAACUCAAUCGCCUUGCUCAUAUCAGACUGAAGAAGGGCCGAGACCAGACUCAUGAGGCUAAGCAGAAGGUGGAUGCCUAUCACCUCCAGCUCCAGAACCUGUUGUACGAGGUGAUGCACCUGCAGAAAGAAAUCACCAAGUGCCUCGAGUUUAAGUCAAAGCAUGAAGAAAUUGAGCUGGUAAGUAUGGAAGAGUUUUACCGGGAGGCCCCUCCCGAGAUCAGCAAGAGUGAGAUCACCAUGGGGGACCCUCACCAGCAAACCCUUGCUCGCCUUGACUGGGAGCUCGAGCAGCGGAAAAGGUUGGCAGAAAAGUACAAAGAGUGUCUAGCCAACAAAGAGAAAAUCUUGAAGGAGAUUGAAGUCAAGAAGGAAUACCUGAGCAGCCUUCAGCCUCAGCUUAACAGCAUCAUGCAGGCCUCGCUCCCUGUGCAGGAGUACCUCUUUAUGCCAUUCGACCAGGCCCACAAGCAAUCUGAGACGGCCCGACACCUUCCCCCACCCCUCUACGUGCUCUUUGUGCAAGCCAAUGCUUAUGGGCAGGCCUGUGCUUACAUGAAACCUUCCUCUCAGCCCCCUAGGCAGGAUAAAAAAUUGUCUGUGGCCAUAGAAGGCAGUGUGGAAGAAGCCAAGGCUCUGUACAAACCGCCCGAGGAUUCUCAAGAUGACGAGAGUGACUCAGAUGCUGAGGAGGAGCAGACCACAAAACGCCGACGCCCCACCCUGGGGGUUCAGCUGGAUGACAAGCGGAAGGAGAUGCUCAAGAGACACCCAUUGUCUGUCAUGCUCGACCUCAAAUGCAAAGAUGACAGCGUGCUCCAUCUGACAUUUUACUAUCUCAUGAACCUCAACAUCAUGACUGUGAAGGCUAGAGUGAGCACCACAACUGAGAUCAUCACUCCAAUCAGCGCAGGUGAUCUGCUGUCUCCUGACAUGAUCUUAAGCUGCCUGUAUCCUGGGGAUCAUGGCAAGAAGACACCCAACCCAGCCAACCAGUACCAGUUUGAUAAAGUUGGCAUCUUGACCCUGAGUGACUAUGUACUUGAACUGGGGCAUCCCUAUUUGUGGGUGCAGAAGCUGGGGGGCCUGCACUUCCCCAAAGAGCAGCCACAGCACACAGUAACUGCGGACAACUCGCUGAGUGCCAGCCACAUGGAAACCACCAUGAAGCUGCUGAGGACACGGCUGCAGGCCCGCUUAGCUCUUACCAAACAGUUUGCUUCAUUGGAGCAUGGCAUUGUGCCAGUCACCAGUGAGUGUCAGCACCUUUUCCCCACAAAAAUUGUGUCCCGCCUUGUGAAGUGGGUGGCAGUCGCCUAUGAGGACUACCUGGAUCUGCCUUAUACCCGGGACAUUGUGGAGGCUGGGCUGGCAGAGGACACACACCUGUACUACCUGGCACUCAUCGAGAGAGGGACAGCCAAGCUUCAGGCAGCUGUGGUGCUGAACCCAGGCUAUUCCUCCAUCCCACCCAUUUUCCGACUUUUUCUGAACUGGAAAGGAGAGAAGACCAGCAGUAAUGAUGAUAACAUCCGGGCCAUGGAGAGUGAGGUCAGCGUGUGCCACCGGGAGCUUUAUGGCCCCAAGCCUGGCCACCAGCUCCUGACCAAUCAGCUGCAGCGCUUGUGCGUCAUGCUCGAUGUCUACCUGGAGACGGAGAGCCACGACACCAGUGUGGAAGGGCCCAAGGAAUUUCCCCAGGAGAAAAUGUGUCUCCGACUGGUCAGGGGUCCCAGUCGGAUGAAGCCGUUCAAGUACAACCAUCCACAGGGAUUCUUCAGUCAUCGUUGACUGCCAGACUGCCUUUCGUCCAUCCAUCUGUCCGUCCAUCACCUGGCAAGCUUCCAGCAGUGGGUGGGCACGAGGCUUCCACACCAUGAGUGUGACUUGUGUGCUUCUGCAGAUCAUCUGAAGUCAAUUUUGUAUUUUUAACAUAUUAAAUAUGUCCCUGGGUGAAGUGAGCUCAGUCCUCUGCGUGUUUGCGUGAAGGAUUUUGUCCUUGGCAGUGGGAGUGGGGUGUAGAUAGGCCUUUGAUUUGCUUCCUGCCUAACCAAGCUGGGGGUUGGGGGUGCUGCUGUGUCAUGCUGGGCGGGUCACUUCCAUUGCUUCAUCUAUCACAUCCACCCAUCACUCUGGUUAUGUGGCUUAUAAAAUACUGUGUUUGGUCUCUCUCAAUGAAGCCUCUCAGAUUCUGGUUGGUAAGGAAUCCUCUCAUGUUUGCCCAAGAGACAACCACCCCACCUUCAUUCACCGUCUCUCCUUCCUUGGUCUGGCAGACUUCUACUUAAUUCCACAAUCAGACUCUCCUUUCUUUCUGCCUUUGCUGCGAUUUGAUCAGGAUUGUGGCUUGUAAGUCUCUUCCCUUCAGAGGUGAUUCUGCAUGAUGGAAGGGCCCCCUUUCCUCAGGAGCAGCCUCUGCCCCCUUGUCCUUAGUUUCUCCCCAGCCCAUUUGACCUCGGCUCUUGAGGCCCCUGCAUUUCAGUCAUGGCCAGCAUCCCUUGCCCAAGCCGCCUGCAUCCCCUUGUGGUCUCACUGCUGUGUGUACUGAAUAAGAUGGAAAGGGAGCCUAAAAAUAGCAUUUUAAUGGAACCUGCACUGCAGCCUUGACUUCUAUUCUUGGCUGGAAGACAGGCCACUGACUCAGCAGCCAGAGCGAGAGCGGGAUCGGGAGCAGCCCGGGAUGGGCGGGAGCUCAGCAAGGAGGCGCUAGUUCCUGGGGGGGCCGGUGGGCUCCUUGCUGCUGCUGCUAGAGAAUCCUCCAGAAUAGCCCGCCUACUUCAUGAGAGCAGAGAGGAAAAGAAAGAAGCAGCUCCCUUUGUGCAGGGGAGCAAGCAGGGGCCAACGUAAGGGUGAGACUUAGAAGAGACCUCAGAAGACAUCUGAUCAAACCUUCUCUUUUUACAGAAGAGGAAACUGAGGCCCACAGGGCCUGAGUGACUUGCCUGAGGUCACUGAGCUAGUAGCUAAGUAGCACCAUUCAGACCCAAGUCUUCUGACUCCAAACCCACUGCACUUUCCCCAUCUCUGUGCUGUGUAUGUUUCUCCCUAUGGAUUAUUAGGGAUUUGUGGAGAGAGGGGCUCCUGGGAUAGGAGCGACUAAAGUAUCCCCAGUCAGUGAUAGGAAAGGACACUCGAGAGCUGGGGCUGAGCCCAGGCACGCUCGGGGCUAGUAAUGACCAGAAGCCAAGAGGAGCCUCUGACCCCUUCGCUUAGAGAUGAGCAGGCACAGGGAAGCCGCAGGUGCCUCAGGGCUUCCCCUUCCUCUUUCCUCCACCUCAUUACAUGGAUUCUUGGUUUCUCCCCUGGCCUUCCAGGUCUCUCUCUCGGCUAAUUCAUGGCCAUUUCCCAAAGAUGCUGAGAAAAAGAAACACCUGCAGCUUCCCGCAGUUCAUGGCUGCCCCUUACCAGAUGUCACAUUUUAAUAGCAUGGAUCCCAAACCUUCUUAUGGAGUAGGACCAGAACUGAAUUGGAACCCUUUGUAUUUUAACAUUGCCCCUUAUCUUGACAAGAUCUUUGUGUUUCCCCAGUGGAAUUUUCCUUGUGAAAAAGAAAAACCAGGUGGUAGGAUUAAGUCUAAAAGCAUAAGCAACAUUCUGUCCAUAGGCCCCCACCUUUAUACCAAGAGGAGUGGGGACCAAGAUAAGUCACCUCGUUUAAUCGGAGUUAGCUGCCUUUCAGCUUUGUUUUUCUUUACAUUAGUAUAUUGUGUAUAUAUUCUUCUUGGUUCUGCUGUUUUCAUUCUGCCUCAGUUUAGUCUUCCCGUGCUUCUGAAUUCUUGGUAAUUCAUGUUCCUUAUAGAACAGUAAUACUCCACUAUUUUUACAUAAGAGUUUGUUUGGCCGUGCCCGCUUUGAUGGUGUGUGCAUGCGCGUGUGCGCAUGCGCAUGCUCUCUCUGUCUCUCUCUGCGUUUCCAGUUCAUCAUUACCACAAAAAGCAUGGCUAUGAAUAUGUUGGUAUAGAUGAUGUUAUGUGAUUGAUAUCUUACCUUUGGGGGGGGGGGUUGUCCCCAGAUCAAAGGACAUGAACAGCUCAUUCUUGCCCAAUACCAAACUGAUUUCUAGAAUGGCUGGAUCCAUCCAUCAUCCCACCACCAGUAGAUUAGUAUCUGUCUUCAUAGAUCACCCAGGAAUUCACUGUUGCCCUUGGUGGUUCUCCUGAAGGUGCCAUAUUCCUGUCAUCCAUUGUAGUUAAUAUCUCUUUUCAUUCUUUGGGUGUGAGAUAAAACCUCUGGUGAACUUGUGGAGCAUUACUUAAUUGAGGCAUCGAGUCGUUUCCUCUUGUGAAAGGGCAGGUUUGGACUUACUGACCUCUACAUUUCCUUUUGGUUCCCCAUCCCUGCUCCUUUGUGGUGUCUUUGAAACUGUCCAUGUCCUUUGAACACUUACCCACUGGGGAAUGGCUCCUAGUCACCUCUCUUUGUAUCAAUUCCUCUAUGGUUUGAAUGUCGGACUUUUCUUAGAGUUAUUUGGUGCGUAGAUAUUCUCCCCCACUUGGCUUUACUUGUGUUUUGAACGAUUGGUCUUGGACUUUCCCCCUUGAAUAUUCUGUAUCUCUACUCCCACCUCCCCAGCUUGUUCUGUUUAAGCUGCCUAUGUGCUCUUUUUGACAUGCUGUCAAUAAAAAGAGAAUCCAAUGGC